CUGUUCAUUUCAACGGGUACUCCCCUCGCAUCAUCCGAUCCGACACCACUGCCUUGGUUAGCUUCUGCUGCCGUAAUUGUCUCCAGGGCAGCUCCUAUUUAUCCUGUUUUUGUUUUUGCUUUGAAGGGACUAUUUCAUUUUCUGGGAUUUUAUUCAAGACCUGGAUAUAAUACGAAGUGUUUUUGUUCGUUUUGGAUCGAGGUGUAUGUGUGUGUGUGUGUGAGCUCGCCUGUCUUCUUGGUUGGCUUGGGAAAAGCCACUGCGUAUCAAAUAGCAGGGUGGUAGAGAUGCUGCAGUGAGUUCAGAGCUGAAUCUUAACUGAAGCCUCAGCAUGUCUAUACUGCUGAUGGUGGGUGUGGCGAUGUGGGGGGCCCAAGGGGGGGUCCAUGGGGCCAUGUGUCCCGGAGGGGUCCUUGGUAACUGCCCCACCCAGCAGAGCAACUCCUCCGGUGGGGGUGAGCCCUCCAGGGACUACUGCUACACCGCCCGUAUCCGAUCCACCGUGCUCCAGGGCCUGCCCUUCGGAGGGGUGCCCACCGUCCUCGCACUCGACUUCAUGUGCUUCCUGGUACUCCUGUUUGUGUUCUCCAUCUUGAGGAAGGUAGCGUGGGACUACGGCCGCUUGGCGCUGGUCACUGAUGCAGACAGACGGAGUCAACGAUACAGCCGUCUGGACGAACAGGAAUAUGUGGCGUCUGCCAUAACGUCAGAGCUUCCCGAUCGCUACGAACGCCUGACCUCUGUCUCCAGCUCAGUGGACUUUGAGCAGAGAGACAACGGCUUCUGCUCCUGGUUAACAGCCAUCUUCCGCAUAAAGGAUGAGGAGAUCAGGGAGAAGUGUGGGGAAGAUGCUGUGCACUACCUCUCCUUCCAGAGGCACAUCAUUGGUCUGCUGGUGGUGGUGGGCGUGCUCUCAGUGGCCAUCGUCCUGCCCGUCAACUUCUCAGGAAAUCUAUUGGAAAAUGAUGCCUACAGUUUUGGACGCACCACUCUAGCCAAUCUGGAUGCCAAUAACAUGCUCCUGUGGCUCCACACCACCUUUGCGUUCCUCUACCUGUUGCUGACCGUGUACAGCAUGAGACGACACACCUCCAAGAUGCACUACAGAGAGGACGACCUGGUGAAACGCACUUUAUUUGUCAAUGGGAUCUCCAAGUAUGCAGAGGAGAAGCACAUCAAGCAACACUUUGAACAGGCCUAUGAAAACUGCUGUGUUCUCGAGGCUCGUAUCUGCUACGAUGUGGCCAAGCUGAUGUCGCUCAACUCAGAAAGGAAGAAGACCGCUCGUAGCAAGAAGUUCUUUACAGACCUGCAGUCCAAGGAGCACAUCCCCACCAUGAUCAACCCCAAACCCUGUGGUCAUCUCUGCUGUUGCAUCAUCAAGGGCUGUGAGCAGGAGGAGGCAGUGAGUUACUACACCAAGCUGGAGUCCAAGCUGAAGGAGGAGUACAGGAAGGAGAAAGAGAAGGUCAACAGUAAACCGCUGGGAAUGGCCUUCAUUACCUUCCAGAACGAAGCCAUGACCGCCAUUAUCCUGAAGGACUACAAUGCCUGUAAGUGUCAGGGCUGUCACUGUCGGAGGGAACCCAGGUCUUCGUCCUUCAGUCAGCACCUUCACACAUAUUCCUGGACGGUCGGCUACGCACCAGACCCACAGAACGUCUACUGGGAGCAUCUGUCAGUAGGAGGGUUCCCCUGGUGGCUGAGAUGCUUCAUCAUCAACUGUAUCCUCUUCCUCCUCCUCUUCUUCCUCACAACCCCUGCCAUCAUCAUCUCCACCAUGGACAAGUUCAACGUCACCAAGCCUGUCGAGUACCUCAACAACCCCAUCGUGACUCAGUUCUUCCCCACCCUGCUGCUGUGGGCCUUCUCCGCCCUGCUACCCACCAUCGUGUACUACUCUGCCUUCUUCGAGGCCCACUGGACACGGUCUGGAGAGAACAGGACCACAAUGCAUAAAUGUUACACCUUCCUCAUCUUCAUGGUCUUACUGCUGCCCUCUCUAGGACUCAGCAGUCUGGACGUUUUCUUCCGAUGGCUGUUUGACAAGCGCUUCCUGGCUGACGCUGCCGUGAGGUUUGAGUGUGUGUUCCUGCCUGACAACGGGGCGUUCUUUGUGAACUAUGUCAUCGCGUCGGCGUUCAUCGGUAACGCCAUGGAUCUGCUGAGGAUCCCUGGUCUGCUCAUGUAUAUGACCCGGCUGUGUCUGGCUCGCUCUGCUGCCGAGAGACGCAACGUCAAGAGGCACCAGGCCUAUGAGUUCCAGUUCGGGGCGGCCUAUGCCUGGAUGAUGUGCGUCUUCACUGUGGUCAUGACAUACAGCAUCACCUGUCCAAUCAUCGUCCCCUUCGGUCUGAUGUACAUGCUGUUGAAGCACCUGGCAGAUCGCUACAACAUGUACUAUGCCUACCUUCCCUCCAAGCUGGACAAGAAGAUCCACUCUGGGGCCGUCAACCAGGUGGUGGCAGCACCUAUCCUCUGUCUCUUCUGGCUCCUGUUCUUCUCCACUCUCCGCACAGGUUUCUCAGCCCCUACCUCUAUGUUUACCUUCAGCGUCCUGAUCAUCACCAUCAUUGUCUGCUUGUCCCAUGUCUGCUUUGGACACUUCAAAUAUCUCAGCGCUCACAACUACAAGAUUGACGUGGAGAAUGUGGAUGGGGUGGAGAACGGUCAUCCAGCACGGACCUCUCCCUCCAAUAAGUCAGCACAGAUGUACAUUGCCUCGGUGCUCCAGGACCCCAGUUUAGACGAGCUGGGUUCGGCUGGCAGCGGGGUCAGCGAGGGUUCGCAGGACGAGGAGAUCAUCCAAGUGGGGAACAGCCUCAAUGAGGCCGACUUCCAGAGUGGUGAGGACAGUCUUCUCGCUAACGAGGUGCGGCACUGACGUGAGGGGAUGCCGGAGACCGAGGACGAGGAGAGAGAAGAAGAGACUAAGGUGUAAUGUGACUGACGUGAUGGAUGCGUCUAGUGAAUGAAGCUACGGAGCUGAAACGGACUGACAGACGGCUCUAUAAGACACGAAGAGAGACCACUAAACCUUAAACACCUUGAGUCAAGAGAAAGGGACUAUUUCUCUGUCUACACUAACGAACAAAGCAACACAAAUAACUUUCUCAUGCCUUUCACUCCUCUUCAGCUUAGGCCAUGGACCACAGUUCUCCAGCAUAUCUUUUCCCCCCUCAGAGAGGCUACACUAACACCAACAUGCAAAGACGAGAGAGAGAGAGAGAGAGAGAGAGCGGUGGACUACUGUCUACAUUAACUAACAAAGGAAGACUACUUACUAAAGACCUCUAUCAACAACUGCUUCUCUAGGAUUCUCUUGCUAAGAUGCUACUCUGACACUCAGACUCUACUGUUGGACUCUACCCUGGCGCUAAGACUACUGUAGGACUCUACCCUGGCGCUAGGACUCUACUGUAGGACUCUACCCUGGCGCUAGGACUCUACUGUAGGACUCUACCCUGGCGCUAGGACUCUACUGUAGGACUCUACCCUGGCGCUAGGACUCUACUGUAGGACUCUACCCUGGCGCUAGGACUCUACUGUAGGACUCUACCCCGGCGAUAAGACUACUGUAGGACUCUAUUCCGGCGCUAGGACUCUACUGUAGGACUCUACCCUGGCGCUCGGACUCUACUGUAGGACUCUACCCCGGCGCUAAGACUACUGUAGGACUCUACCCCGGCGCUAGGACUUUACUGUUGGACUCUACCCUGGCGCUAAGACUACUGUAGGACUCUACCCUGGCGCUAGGACUCUACUGUAGAACUCUACUCUGGCGCUAGAACUCUACUGUAAAACUCUGGCACUAGGACUUUACUGUAGGACUCUAGUCUGGCGCUAGGACUCUACUGUAGGACUCUAGUCUGGCGCUAGGACUCUACUGUAGGACUCUAGUCUGGCGCUAGGACUCUACUGUAGGACUCUAGUCUGGCGCUAGGACUCUAGUCUGGCGCUGGGACCUUACUGUAGGACUCUAGUCUGGCGCUAGGACUCUACUGUAGGACUCUACCCCGGCGCUAGGACUCUACUGUAGGACUCUAGUCUGGCGCUAGGACUCUACUGUAGGACUCUAGUCUGGCACUAGGACUCUACUAUAGGAUUUUAGUCCGGCGCUAGGACUAUACUGUAGGACUCUACCCCGGCGCUAAGACUACUGUAGGACUCUACCCCGGCGCUAGGACUAGCUAGGACUCUACUCCGGCGCUAGGACUCUACUGUAGGACUCUACCCCGGCGCUAGGACUCUACUGUAGGACUCUACCCCGGCGCUAGAACUAGCUAGGACUCUACUGUAGGACUCUACCCCGGCGCUAGGACUAGCUAGGACUCUACUGUAGGACUCUACCCCGGCGCUAGGACUAGCUAGGACUCUACCCCGGCACUAGGACUAGCUAGGACUCUACCCCGGCGCUAGGACUAGCUAGGACUCUACCCGGCGCUAGGACUAGCUAGGACUCUACCCCGGCGCUAGGACUAGCUAGGACUCUACUGUAGGACUCUACCCCGGCACUAGGACUAGCUAGGACUCUACUCCGGCGCUAGGACUCUACUGUAGGACUCUACCCCGGCGCUAGGACUCUACUGUAGGACUCUACCCCGGCGCUAGAACUAGCUAGGACUCUACUGUAGGACUCUACCCCGGCGCUAGGACUAGCUAGGACUCUACUGUAGGACUCUACCCCGGCGCUAGGACUAGCUAGGACUCUACCCCGGCACUAGGACUAGCUAGGACUCUACCCCGGCGCUAGGACUAGCUAGGACUCUACCCGGCGCUAGGACUAGCUAGGACUCUACCCCGGCGCUAGGACUAGCUAGGACUCUACUGUAGGACUCUACCCCGGCGCUAGGACUAGCUAGGACUCUACUCCGGCGCUAGGACUCUACUGUAGGACUCUACCCCGGCACUAGGACUCUACUGUAGGACUCUACCCCGGCGCUAGGACUAGCUAGGACUCUAUCCCGGCGCUAGGACUAGCUAGGACUCUACUGUAGGACUCUACCCCGGCGCUAGGACUAGCUAGAACUCUACUCUGGCGCUAGGACUCUACUGUAGGACUCUACCCCGGCGCUAGGACUCUACUAUAGGACUCUACUCCGGCGCUAGGACUCUACUGUAGGACUCUACCCCGGCGCUAGGACUCUACUAUAGGACUCUACUCCGGCGCUAGGACUCUACUGUAGGACUCUACUCCGGCGCUAGGACUCUACUAUAGGACUCUACUCCGGCGCUAGGACUCUACUGUAGGACUCUACUCCGGCGCUAGGACUCUACUGUAGGACUCUACCCCGGCGCUAGGACUAGCUAGGACUCUACUGUAGGACUCUACCCCGGCGCUAGGACUAGCUAGGACUCUACUGUAGGACUCUACCCCGGCGCUAGGACUAGCUAGGACUCUACUCUCUCUGAUAUCUUCCUUCAUGACGAAUCUAUUUUUUCUGAUGGCAAAGUCACGCAGGGACACUUAGCAGUAGUUAACUCCCUCUUCCAACUGUUGAUCUUGAGCUGCCUCUGAACUGAGGCUCGGGACUGUGAAGUGAGAACAGCCUCUCUCUAAGAAAAACUGCACUGGGAGCCCCGCACACUCACAACUGAGAUGGGAAGAAGAUUCCUUUUUUUGGCCUUGUCAUGCAGUGCAGGCUGGGGGGGGACUAGCUUUCUGUCUAGAUUUCCUAAAAACCAAGACUAUUGCACUUCAAAGAGAAGGAGGUGUGUGUCUGUGCCCUACACUGGCUUGGCUUAGUGGGGUGAUGUGGCUUUGGCUCGCAUGUGUUUUCCUCCUCACAGAACCUUGGGUCUGGUUGAGGUCUAGAAUAGCCACUCGGGCCUCGGACUUCAAAGGGGUUGGAGGGGAUCUUUAUUUCCCCUUAAUCCUUUGCCUGUUCUGCCUGCAUCCUUAAUAGUCUCUGCACGAGAGGCUGCUUCACAACAAGCAGCUUUAUAUGAGAAGACGGAGAUGAAAUGUCUGUCAGCGUCACAAUGUUAGCCUGCUCUGGUCUCCCCUCUACUCUGUCCCGAUCGUCUCCGGGAGUCUCUGGGUGGUUCCAGCCCUGUGUAAAAAAAAAAGGAAGGUGGUCGCUAUGACGACGACCGCUCUGUAACAAACUGAACUAACACUCCUUCAUUGCUGUUUACUUUUAUGUUUAGCUUUUUUUCGAUGUUGUUCAGCAACAAAAACUCGGGAUUUGUAAAAUAGCCUCUUUUUUAUUUUAUUUUGUAUUUAUUUUUUAGGCAUGGUUAUUUUAAGUUGGUCUGAGAACUUUUAAUUACUUUAACUACUGUUUCGACGUUAAAAUGACGUAACUGGAUGUAUGGAUCAUGUAACAUGGAUACUGUACCUCGUAAUCGACGCGGUUUCUCUGUCUCCUGGCCGGUUCGGCCCAGAGAAGUGGGACUGCGGCUCCAGACUGAGCCCUAUUGGAGCCAUAAUGGAGCCCUAAUGGAGCCCUAACAUAACUGAAGGAGGAGGACAGCGGAGAACCCCUAGAUGAUGCCCCUGGGAAGCACAUAUGAAGUGGAUAUGACAGCCCACCCUGUACCCUGUGUUGUGUCCCACAACUGUGGUUGCAAAAUUCACAAAAUUGUCCCAGAGUUCCUAGGUUUUUCACAUCUUGGUUAGAAGUUUCUUGGAAUAAGGGAUUUCUGGGGGGGAAAAAACGAGGAACUUUGAAAGUUUCCGUAAUUUUGCAACCUCAGCCAGUCCUCCUCUCCCAGCCAGGACUCUGUGGGACAACGUUCCUCUGUAGAGGGAGAACUCGACCCUUGAACUCUUGGUCUGUGACCUGUACAUGUAGUUCCCCCAGGACUCCCUGGGGUCGCGUUCAGCAGGGGCACAACGUGGUUGAACGUUCAGAUAUAUGUUAUGUCGAACAAAAUAUGCCUCUGAAAUGUAGAAUAAGGAAUCAUGGCAACUCUAUUCAUGACAUUUCUAUCUGCAACGUUCCACAACGUUUGCCUACUGAAUGUGACCCUGACCUUUUGACUGGUCCGUGUUCACUAGUUCUAUCUAUCUCAUCGAACUGCUCUCAUCAUACAAGUUUCCUAUACAAGACAAGCCUCUUUAUUUUGGUGUUUAUGUCACUGUACUAAAGAUUUAUUUCACUGUUGGUUUGAACAUUUUGUUUUUUUGUGUGUGGGGGGGGGGGGGGGAUAAACGAGCUUUUAAAAGAUAGUCUACCGAGUUCUGCCGACUCUAGAUAUGGGCUCUGAUUGGUUUAAGGAUGCCUAGCGUCAUCCAAUGACAACAUGAAUUGUGACAUCAGCGAGAUACUCUAUAUUGCAAAAUUAAAAUGAAAAAAAAAGUUCAAAUGAUCAUUUGAGAAAUUGAUAGAAAUGACAAUGUCCCCCAACUGCCAUCACUCAGCUACAGUGGUGUAUCGUACACGGUGUUGUUAGUAUGUUGACAUGUAUGUUGACAUGUAUGUUGACAUGUAAAGUUUUAUAGAAAACAUGGACAGGACAGACAGGCGGGGACGCAGACAAUGAGUCUUAAUGCAGGAAGACGUGAUCAGCGGGGGUUUUUAGAUGCUGGCGUUUUGUUUGUUGUUUCACUUCAACACCCGAUUUAUCAGUGGAAAAACAAAAUGGAUGACACCAACUUCGUUGUUUUUAUAUUUUUCCUUCUCCUCUGUACUCUGACCUUUUUAUCUUUCAAGUAAAAUUCAGCCGCCAGUAACUCACGAUGUCAUGUUGCUCUCUUCAAGUCGUUACAAUGACAGAAUCGAUGCUUAGUUUUCCUUCCAACGUGUUGCCUUGCGGCAGAUCCUGGUUGAACCUCAGGGGGUCAGGGGUCUCUACUAUAACCAAAGCAGAAUCAAUGACUUAGCCAACUAUUAGAUAUAAUAAUGAUUUUAUUUUUUCUGAGGUAAUUUAAUUAAGAAAGCUCAACUCAGAGAUGUGCGUUUUGGUUGUUGAGUCAUCGAGAACAUUCCCAUUUCAAGCUCAUCUUUCUAAAUGAAAAACAAAAAGUUAUUUCAGAAUAUUUAAGGCGAAUUAGCUGGCUAACUCAUUGAUCUUUCUUUGUGGUAUACCCUUCUGAGCAUUGUCUGGUUUAGCCUGGCUAUGUGCAUAUCUCCUAUUACCCUUCUGAGCAUUGUCUGGUUUAGCCUGGCUAAGUGCAUAUCUCCUAUUACCCUUCUGAGCAUUGUCUGGUUUAGCCUGGCUAAGUGCAUAUCUCCUAUAUAACUGUCAUUUUCAAAAACAUUUCACCUGUCCUGUUUAAAGUCUUGGUUCCACAUUGUGGAAACGCAUCAAUAAAUAUGAAACAAAAUGUC